AUGUUAAAACGAAAGAGACCCGACGGCAGACCGCCGGCGAAGGGCAGCAACGGCGCAAACAAAAGCCACAUUCGCAACAAACCACCUCCCUCCGUUGCCGCGGCCGCCUCAAAACCCCAACCCGAAAAGGCCGUCAGCGCCUUUGAGGCUAGCUACACCGAUGUCCUGCGCAUGCUGAAAAAGGCUCGUGGCUUCGAGCGCCAGCGCCUGGUCCGGCGCAUCACCGAGGAGAAGAUGCAGUCCAAGGCGGGGAAGAAGAGCAAGGGCAAGAAAACCAAAAAGUCCGCAGCGGCCAACGUCAACGGUGACGACGACGGCGACACGGACCAACGCAGCGAGAGGCUGCAGCGCCUUGAGCGCGAGGUCGAGGUCCUGAAAACCCUCGACUACGAAGUCACGGCGCGCGUACACCUGGCCAAUGCCAUGCUGCGCACACGCGGCUUGGCCGACGCUCCCGGCCCGCUGGGCGCGCACCUCCAGCUCGCGUCCGAGGUGCUGUCGCAGCGCACCAAGGCGUACCGAACGGACGACAUUCACAACGUGACGAGUGCACUGUACAACAGGCCAUUUGUGCGGGAUGCGGUUGCCAAGGCGGUGGCGGGGAUGUGCCAGUUGCUGGGGCUGCCGCCACCGGAGAAGAAUGUAUCGCGUGUUCGGAAGCAGAGCAAGGAGGAGGAGGAGGAGGAAGAGAAAGACGGCGUGGACGAUGACACGCGGCGACAUACACAAGCCAAUACACCAAAAGACAAGACAAUAGCUUGGAGAAGCGAAAACAGCGAGGACGAAGAGGCUGACGACGCCAAUGACGAAGAUACGGAAGACAAUAUGGAGUAUAAUGAGGCGGACGACAAGGCUAUUGAGCGCGAGCUGGCCAAGUUCGAGUCUAGGCUCGGUAGCGACGAGGACGAUGACGAGGAUGAAAACGACGAAAAUGACAGCGAAGACGACGGUCUUGGCAGCGGGUCGGACGAUGACAGUGACGGGGACCUUGACGACGACGUUGUCGUGGCCAAGCUUCGCGCAAAGUACGCGGCGGCCGUGGCCAAGGGUCUCUGGCAGGACGACGACAGGGACCGCGACGAUUUCAGUGGCGAAGACAGUGAUGGCGCGGACUUUGAAGAAGAGGAAGAGGAACAAGGAGAAGAAGGAGAAGAAGAAGAGGAGUUUGGCGGAUUCUCUGAUGACAACCAGGUGGACGACGAAAGUGAGAGCGAAAGCGACGAAGACCUCCGGCCACGGAAACGAAAAGCAACGUCCGCCACAACAUCCGACGGCACCUCCCACUUCCUGCCCUCGCUCAUGGGCGGUUACGUCUCCGACGGCGGUGACGACGCGGAUGGCGUGGCCGACGACGAAGAGGCGACGGCCCGUAUGCUCGGUGGCCCCCGCAAGAACCGGCGCGGACAGCGCGCGCGGCAGGCCAUCUGGGAGAAGAAAUACAAACAGCUCGCAAAACACGUGCUGGAGCAGGAGAAGAAGGGCAAGGAUGCUGGCGGCAAAGACAAAAAGGCCAACAAAAACGGCAAGCAAAAGGACAGCGGCGGCGGCUGGGACGCCAAGCGCGGUGCCGUGGACGCCAGCGACAAGCCACGCUGGCUGCGGCGCAAGAUGGGCUUGCUGGGCCGUGUUGGUCCGGUUGGUGGCGGUGGCAAGGGUGCAGGCAGCAACGCCACGCCGCCUGCCGGUGCCAAGAAGGAAAACCCGAAUGCCAAUGCCCAGGUAUCGGGCACUCUGCAUCCCAGUUGGGAGGCGGCACGCAAGGCCAAGGACAAGGCACAGACAGCAGCGUUUGAGGGCAAGAAGAUUGUGUUUGAUUGA